AUACAGGCAGCACACGCUGGUACCAACAGUCUCUUGUAGUCCGGGGCCCUCGAAUGCCUGCAGCAAACUCGUAACCUUGCCGCCACCCGUCCACCUUGGCCACUCAGUCGCAGGGUUGCAUUUCCCACCCGUUUUGUCCUCACCUCAGGGACCCAGGGUAGCCCGCCUCCAUUUCCACCUUACCUACCGCUAGCCUAUCUACCCUUUCCAUCCCCUCCCAAAGGUAAUAAAUAAUAUACCUCGAGCCGCCGUCAAACCGCUUCUCCUUCCUCUCCUCUUCUCUUCUCCUCCCAACACCACCGAGUUGUUCGCCAAUAACAUACCCUUUUACCGAUCCCGAGGGCGUUGCUGGACGAGACCACACCCACGCCCCAUCUUGCUCCCGCGUGCCAGCACAGCAUGGCGUCCGCCUCGACGAACGUCUCCGGGGCUGUGGCUGCCCCGGCCUUCCCUGACGGCACCAACGACUACAAGCCUCUACGGUCGAGCAAGUAUGACUUGAAGAAGCCGCACAUCACGGAAUUCCCCAUCACCUGGGGCAACUGGUACCAGCACGUUAACUGGCUUAACACAACCUUCAUCAUCUUCGUGCCCCUGCUCGGCAUGAUUACCGCCUACUGGACUCCUCUCCAUCCCAAGACUGCCGCCUUUGCCAUCUUCUACUACUUCAAUGCCGGCCUCGGUAUUACAGCGGGAUACCACCGACUCUGGGCUCACAGCUGCUACAAGGCCUCGCUCCCUAUCAAGAUUUAUCUGGCUGCCAUGGGUGCUGCCGCUGUUCAGGGCUCCAUCCGCUGGUGGUCGAGAGACCACCGAGCUCACCACCGCUACACUGACACCGAGAAAGAUCCUUACUCGGUCAGGAAGGGCCUGUUGUACUCUCACAUCGGCUGGAUGGUCAUGAAGCAGAACCCCAAGCGCAUCGGACGAACUGACAUCUCCGACCUGAACGACGACCCCGUCGUCGUGUUCCAGCACACUCACUUCCUCAAGUGUCUCAUUACCAUGGCCCUCGGAGUUCCUAUUCUCGUCUGCGGUCUGGGUUGGGGAGACUGGAUGGGCGGGUUCAUCUACGCCGGCAUUCUCCGGAUCUGCUUUAUUCAGCAGGCUACCUUCUGCGUCAACUCUCUUGCCCACUGGCUCGGCGAUCAGCCUUUCGACGACCGCAACUCACCCCGCGACCACGUCAUCACCGCUCUCGUGACCCUCGGCGAGGGCUACCACAACUUCCACCACGAGUUCCCCUCGGACUACCGCAACGCGAUCGAGUGGUGGCAGUAUGACCCGACCAAGUGGGCGAUCUGGACCUGGAAGCAGCUCGGCCUCGCCUACGACCUGAAGCAAUUCCGCAAGAACGAGAUCGAGAAGGGCCGUCUCCAGCAGCUGCAGAAGAAGCUCGACCAGAAGCGCUCCAAGCUCGACUGGGGUAUCCCGCUGGAGCAGCUGCCCGUCAUCGACUGGGAUGAUUACGUCGCCGAGGCCAAGAGUGGCAAGGGCCUCGUCGCUAUCGCUGGUGUCAUCCACGACGUCACCGACUUCAUCAAGGACCACCCCGGUGGGAAGGCUCUCAUCUCAUCCGCCAUCGGAAAGGAUGCGACUGCCAUCUUCAACGGCGGUGUCUACGACCACUCGAACGCGGCCCACAACCUGCUGUCUACCAUGCGUGUCGGCGUCCUCCGCGGAGGUUGCGAGGUUGAGAUCUGGAAGCGGGCCCAUAUGGAGAAUAGUAAGGACGGCGCCUACGUAACGGACUCUUCUGGCCAGCGCAUCGUCCGAGCCGGCGAUCAGGUUACGAGGAUCGCACAACCUCUUGCUAGCGCUAAUGCGGCAUGAGCUCGUCGCUUGUAGGUGACGAUCGGGAUGGCUGGUCGCGUUAGGGGUUACGGAACGCGGUUUAUUCGCUCGGGAGGACGGUCUAGAGUAUCACCGUUUCCUCUCCGCCUAAAAUGGGGAGAGAGAGGAUGUGGGGUUAAUAUGGGCGGUCACGGUGCUGCUUGUUGCACGUAGCCGCACGAGGCACGCUGGCUGGAGACAGCCCCUUUCUCUUGUAGUGCGCAGACCAAAAUGGCGCGACGCAACUAUACCUAGCAUACAUCGGGGCAACUCGUCCUCAGGCGUUUAG